GAAUAUUAACAUGGGAAUAUAGUUUAAAUUGAAUGUUUUGAACUGUCAACAAAUUCACGCCGUUCGUAUUUUUUGUUUAGAACACAUCUACCCAGAAACCAGCAACGGUCAACUUCCUGGCGGGAAGACGCGUGUACACACUCUUGUCUUCAACAUCACCAGCAUCAGCAUGGACGAGGUGAUCGACCACGCCCAGCUGAGACUGUACACCCUCGUCCAGCGGGACCGCAGCACCUACGUGGGCGUCGACAGGAAGGUGUCGGUCCUCGAGAUGCUCUCGCAGCGCCGCGACGUUCCGGAAAACACCAAGUACAGACAACUCUCGUCCAGACACGUGUACGGCCAAAACAGUGGCUGGGAGGCGUUUGACGUCACUUCCGCUGUUAAGCGGUGGGUUUCGAAUUUCACGCAUGUUCAGAUUUUGGAAGUAAGGAUCGAGAGUGUCUUUCAUGGCGGUAGCCAUGGCAACAUGGACAUUGACACUGACCCGACCCAUAAGAACGAGCCGCUGCUGGUCGUGUUCUCUAAUGACCUUCAGAAGGAGAGGUUGCACGACACGGAGAUUCACGAACUCAUUAGACACGAAUCGGACAUUAAGGAGAGCAAGGAAGUUUUGAAUAGGAAUAUAAAAUUACCCAUGGUCCAGCACGCAGCAUCUGGGUCUUCCCGCGUGAGCGGCGAUUCGUCUGCUUCCCACAGUAUCGUGAAGCGGAGCAAGAAGAAUCGCAGAAACAGCUGCAGACGCAAGCCGAUGUACGUGAACUUCCAGGACAUCAACUGGCACGAGUGGAUCCUCAUCCCAACUGGCUAUCAGGCGUUUGAGUGCGUGGGUCGGUGCUACAUCCCGAUGAAUCACCACCUGACUCCGACCAAACACGCCAUCAUUCAGACGCUGAUGCACACCACGAAAAUAGGCAGGACCGGAAGAGCGUGCUGCGUGCCCACCAAGCUGGACCCCAUUUCCGUUCUGUACUUGGACGAGAAUGACGUCAUCACCUACAAGUAUCGCUAUGAUGAGAUGAUCGUGGCGGAAUGCGGCUGCAGGUGACUUCCCAGUGCGCAUGACGAGUUUCCGUAUUUCCAUUUCUCAUAUGGGGAGAAUUUCUUGUUUAAGAAAUAGCUCAGAAAAUAAUAGCAUGGUGCUACUGUUGCUAUCUUGUUUAAAAGGAAGAACAUUAAUAGGGCAUUUAUGUAGAUGUCACUUGUGGAAUUUUUGUAAAAUAAUAUUUGUGAAAUUAAGACCAAAAACAAAUUGUAGGUUACCCACGACUGUGUUUAUAUCCUUGGACUUCCAUUAUGUGAAAAGAUAUUAUUUUGUUAAAACGAAGGAAUUUUAUUUAUUUAUUUAUUUAUAUUACUAAAAAUGUUCAAGCAUGUCCGUUGUGGCCUUACUAGAUCCAUGAAAAGGAGUGUUCGUACUUUUCUGAGAAGUGCUGGGGUAAUAAAAGUGAGUUAUAUUCCCCUAUGAUCACAGACUGUGUGGGGGUGACUAAUGUGAUUCAUUAUAUUAUCAGUUGUGUGGAUAACACUAUCGGAACUGUCUCAAAGCAAGAACUGCGGAAAUCUAUUGGCGGUAGAAUAUCAUCUGAGUGGUUUUAAAUAGACAGGCAUUUCAUGCCUUACGUAUGUUAAAUCAACCGGAAGUCACGGGUCACGUGCAGCUAGAUGGCAACACCCUCUGCAGCAACUACACGUGCCGGGGCAAUAUCUUCGUGGGGUGUGGGGUCAGUGAAGCCCGCAUACCAGCAUGGCGGAACUGCCGAGAAAACCUCGCUUGUCUUGACAAGGAGAACUUAAAAUAGACGAAUAUCAAAUGAGCAUUUUAUUUAUUUUCGUCAUUAGGGUCAUGUUGGUGCAUCAUAUGACGAAAUUGACUAUAAAAAGUAAAUCGAAAAAGUGUGUUCAACUAUAGCAGUGCGAUAGUAUUUUACGCCGUACGAAUCUGUGCAAUGUCAUGUAUACUUAAAGUUUGUCAGAAAAUGUGUUUUGCGGUGUUUAUAAACAAAAUGUAAAUUUUACUUCAAAACAUAUUUGAAUUGUUAUACAUGUAGUCCUAUUAUUGUACUGUAAAUGCAUAUAUUUUCAAAUUUCGUCUUCAGUUGUUAUGUACUUAUUUGUUUGAUAGUUUGAUAGUCUACAAUAUAACAUGCUUAUUGAAAAUGACAUUCAAAAUGGCUAAUCGUUGUAUAGUCUGUGUUUUUAAACUAACAGUGUAAUAACUAAAACAUUUUAAACACGAGUAUAUUGUACGAACGGGUUUACGAAUUAUUUUAUUUUAAGAACAAGAUUCAUAAAAUGUGCACAGAACACGUCUGCGACCGUAUAUUUCAAACAGAACAAAUGUGUAAUUUAUUUUCAUAAAUACGAGCCUUUAAUUUAGUAAACUAUUCUGGGAGUGGCCGUCCUCUUUGAGCAGUGUGGGAAGGAGUGGCUGUCCUCUUAUAUACGAGGCACUAGUUAGAGAUUCAUUACCAAUAUUUUGCAGUGAUACGUUUUUGACUAUGAAUAAUGGUUUUGUCGUUCAAAGGUUUUAUAUGUAUUAUUUAGAGUGGUGCGUCUAGUUAAGGCGUCUAAUUAAUACUGGUUAAUUAUUUAUUAUAUAGAAAGUAGCGUGAGUGCUGUAAUUGGUUAUAUUUUAUUUUAAAAAACUAACGGGUUUUUUCCUUGUCUUUAAAGCCGGUUUAGCAUGUUACGGACACACACACACACACACACACACACACACACACACACACACACAGGUAUAUAUAUAUUUUUUUACAAUACUUCAUUUUGUUUUCUGUUACAUAUUGUUUCGUAUGUGCGAACCUAUUGGGAAGUAAAAUCAAAUUUGGUCUACAACAAACGACCAGAAAUACAUUGAAUAUCCCGACACUGAUAUUCUAAACGAGAAUAUAAUAUACGUAAUGGCAGUAGUUUAAAGAGGCUAUGUUGAUCGGAAAAGUAUUACAAUGGCAGCGAACUCAGGACAGGUUUUAGUUUUACGAAACAAUCUUAGCGCUAAGAUCACCUUAAGUCGCAUACCCAAGUUUCACCCCGUGAAAAUGGAAAUUAGAUUUGAUUAAUCUUCAAACCUGUAACACAUCGGUAUAAAAUUAACAAUAAAGUGAACCAAGAGAGUGUGGCGUUGAAACGGGGAAAUACUCUCUAAAAAUAGACUAGAGCUCGUCUAUAUAACUAUUAUUUUUCAGAGGUAUGUGCGUUUU